GUUAUGUUCAGGUUCUCCCACUAUUCUUAUGGAUUUGCGAUCAUUUAGGUUGUAGCGUGCUCACAACUACUGUUAUCUGUGCAGUUUCAACUGUAUAAUUUGAAAGCAUGUUUGAGGAGUGUUUCGGAAAUGGACCAUUCAUAUUCAGGAUAAAUGAAAAUGGAACUGGACCGCAGCUUCUACUUCAAGUUUGUUUGGAGAGGGGGUGGAAGGAAUACAAUCAGGACAUUUGCGACAACUGGAAUUUAUGGUGGCGUACUUCUGGAUUUCCUGUAAGCCACCAUAAAAACUUGUAUGCAUGGCAGUACAUAAACCAUAUUCCCAAAGGAUCUUUAAUUUGCCGAAAAGAUAACCUUGUAAGAUAUCUUCGGUGUAUGAGGAAAGUGUAUGGAUCCAUUUAUGAUUUUAGUCCCAACGGAUUUAACUUACCUUUGGAGUAUACAAAAUUAGCGGCUGAAUGCAGUAAAGGAAGAGUGCUAAGUGCUAAAGAUGAAUCUCGUCAUUCAUUUGCAGAAGAAAAACCUAUUUGGAUUUGCAAACCUGUAGCUCAAAGUCAAGGAAGAGGCAUAUUCCUCUUUCGAAAAUUAAGCGAAUUGAAUUAUGAUACGAACACAAUUGUUCAGAGGUACAUAGAAAAACCUCUUUUGAUUGGUGGAUACAAGUUUGAUCUCCGUUUGUAUGUAUGUAUUCCAUCAUACCAUCCCCUAACAAUAUUCAUGUACAGGGAAGGUCUCGCCAGAUUCGGAACUGAUAAAUUUAGUCUCAACGAUCUUAGAAAUCCAUUUAGACAUCUAACUAAUUGUUCAAUCAAUAAACUUGGGCCAGGAUAUAGCGAGUUAAAGGAACGUGUGGGUUCUGGUUGUAAAUGGACUCUUCGACAGUUGCGAAGAUAUUUCCAACAAGCUGGUAUAAAUGACUGGUUGUUAUGGCAGCGAAUUACUUCAUUAGUUAUUUUAACAGUAUUAAGUCACGUUAGUCAAAUUCCCGAAUCAAUUAACUGUUUUGAAUUCUUCGGUUUUGAUGUUUUGAUCGACAGUUCGUUAAGACCAUGGCUCUUAGAGGUUAAUUUAAGUCCAGCAUUAAGCAACGACUGUGAUGCAGAUAGAAUGGUUAAGAAACCCAUGUUACAUGAUAUGUUCGAUUUACUUGGUCUUCCCCUUUAUAAUACAGGCUUGUCAGUUUUUAACAUUUGGCUAGAUGAAACUGAUGAGAAUCGAAAUGAAACAGAAAAGCUCUCAAUGGCCAACACAGUAUCUGUAAUAAACGCUGCAGGCAGAUGGAGGAAAAAACACAGGAAAAUGUCCUCGAGGCAAGCAAGUGCCAGAUCUAACUCCGCCGUAAGAACAAGAGUAAAAAAUUCAUCAGCAAGCAAUAAUAAGAAAGGGAUUUGUAUGCAGAAGGAGUCAGUAAACUUACCUCGUGUUCACUUGGAUGGUAAAACUUGUUCUCAAGUUUAUGGCAGAACGAUUGAUGAUGAUAUAAAGAAAUCUUCACCUUAUAAGCCUUGGGGUAAUGGAAGGAACUGGAAUUAUCCCAAUGCACGUGAAGGAGGAUGGAUAAGAUUGUGGCCGUUUAAUAUAGAGAAAGUAGUGAAAACAGAGUCAAAUGGGAACGUUAAGCUCAUGGUUAACGAGGUUGUUAAGUUUACCAAGACAGCUAAAGAACUUGCCAAAAAACAUGCAUCAGCGUCCGAGAGUCAGCUUAAUGAAUUUCUUCAGCAAAGCGUGAAUAUCACAGGAGAUAUAUGGAUGCCACCCGUUUAGGACAUUUAAAUUUCAAAGCUAUGUUAAAAUUUAACUGCCAUCUUGAGCCAAAUGACUUCAGCUUUCGAGUUCUAAUUUUAUUUCGAACUGUGUUCUUCAGACGUUUUAUGCAAAUAUUCCAGUAAUGCUGACACUGCCUUGUUUAUAUCUUAUUGACAUCAAAUAAAGUUUAUCUAUACUAAA